GUCUCCUCAGCAGUUCCUCUGAGGCCACGCGCUUAGGUAUUUCUGCCCGAUCUCUCCGGCAACCCGAGGCAUUUCUCUUUUCAGCGGGGCAUCGCUGCAGCGGUUGAAUUGGCGGUUAAACCCAGCCCGUCUACCUCGAACCUCCGACCCUCUUUUGUCCUCGAAGACGAUCUUGAUCCUUCGCAACCACCGCACUCAUGACCUCACCUGAUGAAGCUUGAGACUCCCAAGCCUCCGGGCUGCGCCUUCCGAUGGCUAAUAUGGCUAAAUUGGAGGCGCUCUUGAGCCUCGCCGUGGGGCAGCUUCUUAAAGACUUCGCGACGCCAGUGGGCAGCGGCAUUGAUCCAUUGCUACUUACAACACAUUUACAAGAUAGAAUUGACAGAGCAGAGCAGCCAUGGCCGACAAAGACCCCAUCGUAACCCACGUCUACACCGCCGACCCCUCCGCGCAUGUCUUCAACGGCAAGCUCUACGUCUACCCCUCCCACGACCGCGAGACGGAUAUCAAGGACAAUGACAAUGGCGACCAGUAUGACAUGAGCGACUACCAUGUCUUCAGCAUGAAGGAGGUGGGCGGGCCUGUUACAGACCACGGCGUCGCGCUUAAGGCGGACGACGUACCCUGGGUCUCGAAACAGCUGUGGGCACCAGAUGCGGCGGCGAAGAACGGGAAGUACUACCUGUACUACCCAGCCAGGGACAAGGAGGGCAUCUUCAGGAUUGGCGUAGCUGUAGGGGACAAGCCCGAAGGCCCGUUCAAGCCAGAGCCCGAACCCAUCAAGGACAGCUUCAGCAUCGACCCCGCGAGCUUCGUGGACGACGACGGCCAGGCAUAUCUCUACUUCGGCGGUCUCUGGGGUGGACAACUCCAAUGCUACGCCAACGGCGCCUUCGACAGCACCCAACUCGGCGCCAAUGAGCCCUCAGAUGGCGCCGCGCUCUCCGCCAAAGUCGCCAAGCUGAGCGACGACAUGCUCUCGUUCGCCUCGCCCGUCACCGACGUCGUGAUCCUAGACGCCUCUAGGUCCCCCAUCCCCGCCUCCGACCACGACCGGCGCUUUUUCGAAGCCGCGUGGAUGCACAAGUAUAAGGGGAAGUACUACUUCAGCUACUCCACCGGCGACACGCACUUCCUGUGCUACGCGAUCGGCGACAGCCCGCUAGGUCCGUUUACGUACGGCGGGAGGAUACUGGAGCCGGUCAUUGGGUGGACGACACAUCACUCCAUUGCGGAGUUUAAGGGGAAGUGGUAUCUGUUCUAUCAUGACAGUACGUUAUCUGGCGGCAGGAAUCAUUUGAGGUGCGUCAAGAUUAGAGAGAUUGUGUAUGAUGCGGAGGGGAAAAUUAGGUUGAAGGACCCGCAGCCGCAAAUUGAGCCGCCCAAGGCGAGGCUGGAGGAUUAGACGGCGCAGCAGAAUGGAACGCAUUCUUCAUCCUGCCUCACGGCCAGGUGUUUGGGGUAUACUCCGUAUUAGUACGUUCGUGUCAACAUCGCUCCCUCUGAAGCUAUCCGGCAAAGCGUACACUUUCCCCGACCUUAUCCCUAAGCCCUCCUCCAGCUACGCUCUAAAGCCCCGCCCAUACCCAGCGCUCCCUCCUCCCCCAAGACACCGUAUCAGCCGCCAAGCCGAUCGCACCUGCCCCUUCUGCCUCUCC